AAAAAUUAUGAUGAAUAUAACGUUAUAUGAAGACAAUGCCAUUGUUUACGCUGUAAAUCAACUUUGGCAACAGUUAUUAUGGCUAUUCAUGCUGCCACUAUUUUACGAUCAUGAUCCUACUGAUGACAAUAAUGGUUAUCACCAUCCUCAUUAUGAAACAAAGAUUUAUCCUCUAUUCAUGCUUUUAAUUGCAUUGGAGUCCGUAAUCCGAGUCUAUAAUAAAUCAACUACAAUACGAAUGUCCGAAAUUAUCAUUAAUGUCAUAUCAGGUGUAUUGGCUGUGUUAUCAAGGGCAUUUACCGUAAACCUAUUGUACUCACUAAGCAUGUGGUGUCACCAAAACUACAAUGUAAUAAAUCUGUCACAACACUCAUUGUGGACAUGGAUUGUGGCCCUAUUGAGCGUAGAGUUUGUGUACUACUGGUGCCAUAGGGCCGGACACGAGGUGAACGUAUUCUGGGCUAACCAUCAGUACCAUCACAGCGGCGAAGAUCUUAACCUAUCGGUGGGCUCCAGACUCGUCGGCCUCGAAGCCAACUAUAUAUUAUUUGAUGUGGGUGUAAUAAUUCUGGCAACACUAUUCCCACCACCGAUGCUAUUAAUCCUGUCCCAGUUCUCCAUCGUAUAUCAAUACACUUUGCACACAACAAUUGUGGGCAAAUACGGUCCGUUAGAGCACGUGCUGAUGACCCCGAGCCUUCACCGCGUUCACCAUGGUAGUAAUCCCUAUUGUAUUGACAAGAAUUACGGGGCCGUACUGUGCGUAUGGGACCGCCUGUUUGGCACCCAUCAGCUCGAGACCGAUGAGACAGUGGUGUACGGUCUGGUAGAAAAAGGACCCAGCACAUACGAUUACAGCGCCCUUACACUUAUAAUAGUGAGGGUCAUAUCAACGGCCAAAUGGGACCAAAAGCGACAAAAUCUACGCAAAAGACUAAAACUAAUUGACGAGAGAACCGAUCAAAAGGCUAUUAUAUUGAAUGAAAACCUAUCGUUCACUUUCUGUGAUAAUAAACCCAACAAUGAAAGCAAUCGGCGGUCACUUCUGGUACUGUUUGGUUGGCUUUUCUCCAAACAAAAACAUUUAGACAAAUACCGGAAGAUAUAUCUCGACAAAGGCUUUGAUGUACUGACAGUCAGAUUGAAAGCUGGCGACACUCUCAUGCCGUCAAUUGGCUGUCAACUCGUGGCCCAGACUCUAGUCGACAGUCUCGACCAUCUCCAGGACCGGUACGACGGGUAUGUGUUUCACGUGUUUUCUAUCGGUUCUUAUCUAUUAAGCGAACUAUUCAUACGGUUAUUACUGCCGGAAAACGCGGCCAUAUGUCGGCGUACGAGUCAUUUAUUACAUGGAUUCAUAAUAGACUCGGGUGUGGACGCCGUGGAUGCGGCCACAGGUAUGGCUUAUACGCUAACAAAUAAGCCAUUACUUCAAUACCAAAUAAAACAAGUGAUGAAUGCAUAUAUAUUUUUGACGUACAAUUUUGUGGCCAAACACUGGUUCGCGUCGUCAGUGGUGUACAAAUCGCGUCCAUUUCAUUGUCCGAUUCAGUACUUCAUGUCCGAGAAUGACAUCGUUUCCAAUCCGGCCAACACUCGAGACAUACUCCGACGCCUUCGCGCUCAGGGAUCACGUGAUAAUGUAUACGACAAAUGGUGGACAGAGUCGGCACACGUGGGCCACUAUUUUAAGUAUCCUGAUGAAUAUAUGGAGCAUUUAAAUAAUUUUUUAAGAAUAUUAUUACUGGAGUCCACUUCACUAUACGAUGUGACCACUAAGCCAUUUGUACCCGAGUACUACCCCUCGGAGUUUUUUGCCACCGGAUAUUCAAAUAACUUUGGGUUUUCGAAAUCGGGUCAACCAGUUUACGGCAAAGUAGGUCGUUCUUCAUGGUACGAUUUGGCUGUUAUGGCUAAUAAACCGGAUUUGUUUAGAGAUAAAUCGGUCAUUCUAUACGAGCAACAUCCAAUAUUUCAGACCGUAAUCAAUUUUGGUCUCCAAUUCUUUAACCCCACUAUUCGUAAUCGAAUGGUAAACAAGAAAAUAGCGGACGAAGAGUUGCUAAGUAUGGAUGAGGUGCCGGUCUAUGUCGGCGGCAGAAACACUAGUUAUCACAGAAUACCGCCGAUGGUUAAAAGUGGCACAUGUUUACCACAUCUCAACCAUAUAUCCAGAAGUGAUUGGAAUUUGUUUAUUAAUACUAAUAUCAAGUGUAUAGAAGAGGGGAGACGUGAGAGCGGAGGACAACCUCUCGAUGAGUAUCUUAAGACUUGCAAAACCAAACCAAAAGUAGUUUUGAAAACCAAAACCAAUACAAAAACUAAUACCAAAAUCAAAACUAAAACUAAAAUCAAAACCAAAACCAAAACCAAAACCAAAACCAAAACCAAAACCAGAACCAAAACCAGAACCAAAACCAGAACCAAGUCCAAAUCCAAAUCCAAAUCCAAAACCAAACCCAAAACCAAUGCCAAAACCAAAUCCAAAUCAAACCAAAACAAAACCCAAACAAAACCAAAAACGAAACCUAACUAA